ACCGCGUAUACGUAUAUGUAUACGUAUACGUUCUGUGCAUGUGUGUGGGCUUGUGUGCGUUGCGCAUGUGUAUGUGUGUGUGUGGGAGAGGAGCGAAGCAACACAACGCAUCCGCAUCACAAUGGCACUGCAGCAGCAACAGCAGCAGCAUCAGUGUUCGUCCAUAUCGUCGUCGUCGUCGUCGUCGUCGGGAAAAUCACUGACACGAGCCACGCGACUCGUGCCCGCGCUCGUGCCGUGCCGUGCCGUGCCGUGUCGUGCCAUGCUGGAGGGGAAACGGAACUCUUGUUACUAGUAUCUUGCUGCGCUGGGGCAUGACGCUGCGAUGCACGAUGACGAUGACGACGAUGUCGAGAGUGCUGCUCUGCUCUACUCUGUUCGCCGUGCUGCUGCUGCGGCGGCUGCCACAUGGAGUGCGCACCUUUGAACUGUUGCUAGUGCUGUCAGAGCCAUUGGCUGGACAGAACGAGCGCCAGCUCCAGUUCCAGCUCCAGAUCCAGCUCCUGCUCGGCGAGGGCAGCCAGGAAGCAGCAAUACGUGAAAACAACCCGUCUCUCAUGGCCCCGUCCAUGAAAGCGGCGGCUCGGCGUAGACGACAUAAAUCUUUUGUAGCUGUUGCUGCUGGCGACUCUAUCGUUGUGCAUCGUUGUUUUUCCUCAGAUAGGCACCCACCAGCGGUCGAUAGGUGGUUCAAGUUCUGAAGUGUAUGAUGCUCCCACAGCUAUUGGCCCUAAGCACCCGAACAAUGUCAAAUGGCUAGAUUUGUUAGUAUAAAUCAUUAGGCCAGGCGUGAAUUUGUAAACAUUUGUGGCGAGAUUUCGUGUAUGGGAAGUAUAGAAAUGUUUGCCGAUAAAGGUUCAUUUUUAUGUUUAUCUAAUCGGAAAAUAGUAGUUUCUUGGCUAAUAUUCACACAAAGUAAGAGCAACAUUAGGGCACACAAAUAUACCAAUUUAAAUCAAGGCUUUUCUUUAGUGUCUGCUUAAUGGAGUGAUCCAAGGGUAAGACCAGAAAAAGAUAUGUGGGUCCGUGAAACACUGCACCAAGAAGUGUCUGUAUAGAGUAUCCAUAUUGUUUGUUUGUUUUUUAUUAUUAUUCUGGAUCUGACUUAUGGCGCAUACGUUUGACCAAAAUUUUCAUACCCUUUGCUCUGGCAUGGGUGAAUACAAAAACAAAAACAAAAGCAAAAAACAAACACAAACACAAACCAAAAAAAUCGGUGCUCAAGCCCAUUUAUUCCCCGACAUCACCCACAAUCGGUUGGCUGACUCGCCUGCAAAAAACGAAAUUGAGGCAUUUUUACCUUUUUAUAUGUACAAUGGGAGAAGCAGACGGACACACGGACACACGGGCACACGGACAUAGACGGUCAUGCGAAUGGAAUGGAAUGGAAUCAAUGGACCCAGAAGCACAUGACAAUAAAAACGGUCUGUUGCUGUCUCAGUUUCUGUGUCCGUGUCUGUGCCUGUGUGUGGAUUUCAAAGUGCGUUCGUGGCCAUCCGGCUAACAAAAUUUCAAAGCGCGCCCCCUGGCACGGUUUCUGAAAUCGAAGCGGGGGCAGUGGCAGAGGCAGAGGCAAAAGCAUUGCCAGUGGUAGGGGCAGAGCCACAUUAAGCUACAGCUAUAACUAUAAAA